AACAAUGUUAUUUAUGUCUCUGGUUGCAGUAAAAAUUCAUAGUUUAUUAUAUGACAAAAUGUCCUUUGAUAUUGUUGGAUCAUCUUCAGGUUUAGCUUGCAAACGAUGAAUAUUGCUCACAAACUGUUUCUAUAUUCGCACAUUUCCGCAAUUAACCCAUCUGAAUCUGCCAAUUGAAGUUACAUAAUGUAAGCAAACCUAAGAGAGAUGGCUAAUUGUUAAUGGUCGUGUUUAGUGUAGGGAAUCCCACAAAUCGACAUUCUGAGGCGGACAUUUAAAUUCCUACUAGUAAUGGGGUCUGUCAGACUGAGCGGAGGUCUUCUGUUCCUGCUCUCAAUCUUGUACCCACAUGGCCAUUAUGCGUCGGUAUUUGCCAGAAAAGAAAACGACGAACUAAGAGAUCUCCACGUAGAACAGACCAGGAGGACGUGGGAUAAUGCCUCUCAGUCCUGUAACCUGUUUGGCUCUGAUAAGGCUCCAUCCUAUGUGGCCAGCGACCAGGAUAUUACGUUUUUUCGACACAAUCGCCCCAAAGCAACCAUCACACCUAGCCCAGAGGAUCUAUAUUGGAUAGGAGCCACCUCAACUUUCACUCCAUGGUUUGAACUCUUAGGAUGUCAUGUUUAUAUGCCAAUUGACAAUGGUUAUAUACGUACGUUGACGAGUCUCUCCAUGGUUAUCGGUCCUGUGGCUGAUUGUUACUUACAGUGUAAGAGCCAUUUUGGAGUCAACGACACACAUUGCUUCUGUCCCGAAAAAAUGGAAAAAGGGUUUCUUAACAGAACCUGUAGAUUGACUACAUCUAGUGUCUUUCAAAGUGACGUCAUUGGAACCAAUACAGUGGAAAGUUACUAUCCCCAGAUUGCAAUGUACAAAAUAUAUUACGGCUCCUUUGAUAUUAAAGAGAACUCUCUGGACGAGUGCUUGAGGAUUAAUACCUCUGAUGACGUCAGAACCUACCCAUGUGACACAGCAGACAGUACAGGCCGUACAUGGACGACAGCAAUCAUUGAGGGUAUGUCAUCAAACAAUGGCGGAUCGUUUCAGUGGACUAGCUUUCUGCGCAGGCGUAUCAUCCGCUGGACUCAAAGAACCACCAUCUUUUCGAACGGAUCAGCAUGUGUCAGUAUGAAAAAAAUACAAAACAAGAAAUACGAAAUGGUCCUAAGACCGUGUGACUACAAACUUCCUUCUAUUUGUCAAAGAAGGGAAGCAAACAACACAGAGAGAAGUACUCACCAGAUGGUGACGUCAUCAUUGACUGCAGAUCCUCUACGCCCAUCUAGCACUGUGUCGUCGUUUGUGGUAUCAACCUUGUACUCAGUAACUGAGAAUGAAUCUGGCUCACUUCCGGUGAUUGUAGGAGCAAUAGUAGGAGGGGCCGUGCUUCUCCUGAUCGUAGCGGGCAUCGGUAUCGUGAGACAGAGACGGCGGGCUCAUUCUACUCCACAACCCAAGUCCGUUGCAACAGAAAACGUUUAUUACAGCGAGUUGACUCGAAACAGUGAGGAUCACAUCGCGCAACAAAUAAGCAGUCACCGGUCCACGAACAACGAGUACGAUGAAACAUCGGGCCCCAUAACCAAGUCAACAGACAGAGCGACCGAGGGCUGUAAACUGCUACCGGUGAAUGACGAUGGAGUGUACAAUCACACCUGGGAUAAACCAAUGAAAGAGCAACAAUCAGAUCACGUGUACAGCACAGCUUGCAGCGGAAGUGAAUAUGAUUACAGUCAGGUACCAGGUACCAUCAGUGACGUGUACAACCACACUUGGGAUAAACCAAUCACAGAAGAGUUAACAGAUCACGUGUAUAGCACCACCGGGUCCGGAAAUGAUGCCAACUUAUACGAUAAUACAGUUUCAAAAGAAUCAAACUUAAGACAAAUGAAUAAUGAAAAUUAUAGCAGGUUCCAGUAAAUGUUCUACCGAACCUCUCUCUUUACUCCUUACUAAAAUUCUUACAGUAGUGAAGGAGAAACUCCAAGAGUACUGUACAACAAUAUACUCCAGACGUGGUAUGAGUCAUAUGUGGAUACUAAAAACUUUAAAGAAUUAUUAGAAACUUUAUUAGAAAUCUUACCAAAAUCAAUAACAUCAAAACGUACGAUUUUUCAACGCUUUAUACAGCCAUUUCCCCGUGACAAAUUAAAAUUAGGCUUUUUGAUCUCAUCGACAGUUGUUUCUUUAUUAAAAAUAGAAGUCGUUAAAAUGCUUACCUUGUCAUUAGAAAUCUAAAAAUUUUUUUUAGUUAAAACCAUUCUGAUUGCACACACAAGUACUCUGAAGCUGAUAUCAAAAAGAUAAGCUUAAGUUUCUGAUAGACAACAUAUACGUAGUUUUUGUAAAUGAAGUCUUCCAACAAUCUGCUGGAAUUCCCAUGGGUACCAAUUGUGCCCCAAUGUUAGCAGAUCUAGAUAUUGGACAUUGAUGGUUACCAAACAACAAAACUUUAUGAUAAACACAAUGUCUUCAAUUUUUCUAUAGUCAACUUUCCUUACUUAUAUAGCAAUAUACCUUCAUCACCUGCAUAUGGUGUUUUUGUCUAACAGUCAAUUCGAUACGCAAGGGCAUGCUCUUCGUAUGAACAGUUUCAAAGGCGAGGCAAGCUACCGACAAGUUAAAAAAGUAGGACUACAAACAGUUUCGUUUGAAGUCAUAUUUUCGUAAGUUCUGUGGUCGAUACAACGACCUUGUCAGCAAAUAAAUCUUCCACUGGGUCGCAUGCUGACUGAAAUAUUGGAUAUACUACCUUACUUUUUGAAGUUCAGUGUAUAAAAUUUAAACCUAAGUUGAUUUAUAUAUGGAUAAACACAACAUGGGAACAUAUUUAUUAUCCAUUUGUCAUAGAGGUACUGUAGAAAGCACAAGAAAUUAUUUAUUUUUGUGAACAGAUCGUCUUAUGUACCUUAUAUUUGAUAAAGAAUAUUAAAAAAAUCAAUUUACCAAAUUGUUGUAUAUGUUGAUUUAUUAAUUGAACCAAGUACGGACUUAAAAUGGCACAUAG